AUGCAACCCCCGAAAGGCACCCCAUACCCAGAGUCCAACCUCACCUGGCAGAUACUGAAUCAUGCGAACGAAAAUGGAUACGCAGUUGGAGCUUAUAACUGCUACAACACCGACGGCAUCAUGGCAGUAAUCCGAGCAGCGGAGUCCCAGCGCUCGGCCGCGAUCAUCCAGUUAUUCCCCUGGACAAUGCACUUCCAAGGGCCGGAAUUCAUUCGGUAUGUGACUAGAGCUGCUCACGCAGCUAGUGUGCCCAUAGCUGUGCAUUUAGACCACUGCAUCGAGCCAGACGAUGUAGACCUCGCAUUAACAUUGCCCUUUGACUCCAUCAUGGUCGACGCCUCAGCAGAGGACGAGGAAUCUAAUGUCCAGAUUUGUAAGAGCAUUGUCGACCGAGCUCGCUCUGUGAAUAUCACCAUCGAGGCAGAGAUGGGCCGCAUUGAAGGUGGCGAGGACGGCCUUCCCACUGUCGACAUGGAAGGUGUGAUGACGAAGCCCGAAGAUGCGGUGGCUUUCGUCCGCGGAACAGGAGUACACUUCUUAGCUCCUUCGUUUGGGAAUAUCCAUGGUGGAUACCCCCCUGGUGGUGCAGAGAAGGCCUGGGACCUUCACCGUCUUGCUGCUAUCGGGAGUUUGGUAUCUUCUCGUACUCCUUUAGCCCUUCACGGAACGCAUCCUGUCUCAGAUGAAUUGUUCCAAAAAGUCAUUUCCUGUGGUGUUCGCAAAGUCAACCUAAAUCGCACCGUGCGAGACGAGUAUACCCAAUUUGUUGGUAAUAACGCCGGCACUCUAGAAUUGACCGCGCUGCAGGUGGAGGGGGUGAAGGUCUAUUCCCAUUCGAUUGAGCGCAUGAUGGGUGUCCUAGGCUCGGCUGGGCGAUACUGA